UCGCCGCAUUGGAAAACGAACGCAUUGAUCUGAAGGCUGAUUCCCAUCGUGGCUGGCCACAAUUCGAUAGAGAUAUGACGUGGAAAACGGCUUACCGUACCAGGGCCGGCUCUCAUCCCCCUCCCCAUGUUCGCUCAUCCUUCGAACCUUACGCAAGUGUUUCUUUCUCCUUACUCUAACGGGCACAUGAAGUUCGCGGCGAGCGUGAGAGACUCAAAUAGGAGAAACAUGCUUCACCCGGCAGCGUGCGUGCGUGCGUGCGUGCAUUUUGAUGACUUGGAUGACUUGGGGAUGGAUGUGAUACUUUUGGUUUCUGCAUACGCUGCAUAUUCUUGGCUGCAUAUUUACAUAUCGCGGUGCAGGCAUCCUGUUGCUCUGAUUGAUGCAACCGCAGCAGAUCCUCCAGCGUGAAACACUAGCGCCGCCUCGCUGGUUCAAGAGUCAAGAGUCAAAGACCGCGACGGACAGCCAGAUGCAGGUAGAACCAGGGCAGGUCGAGCCGUACCAUUCGGCACACAGUACCGAGAGUCCGAUGAGGAACGAGGAACAUUGAUUGAUUGAUUGAUU